AUGGGCUCCGGUAAACGAAAACUGGUCGACACAAUCGACCUCACCGGAGACGAUGAUGAAGAGAUCGCUCGAAGUUCUUACAAAUCUGCUAAGACCAGCGGGGCGCACUCGAUUGGACCAGGAGGCCGCCAAUAUCCCACACCACCCUCUUCCAGCUUCCCAUCUCCGAGCCAGAAUGGCUACAGGCGUCAGGCGCUGACCAAGUUGCCUCUUAACAGCACACAUACUCAGGCGGAACGCGACAACUGGCUAGACUCCACUCAGUAUGAAGACGGAGAUAUUAGCCGGGAGAUCGAUCUUGAGGCCGAUUUUGACGAUGAUGUGUACGAAAAUUAUCAGCUCUACGGCAUUCUCAAUACAAAGAUUGUGGGAUGUCGCUUCUACGAUGGGCGUGCAACCGUUGGAGAGUAUGUCAAAGUACGUCGAGAGCCUCGAAAUCCUUACGAUAGGAACGCCAUCCGGAUCGACAGCUGUAUGGGUCACCAAAUUGGUCAUAUCGGUCGACAGGUUGCUGCAAAGCUAGCACCUUUGAUUGACAGUGGGGAGUUGUUGAUGGAAGGCGCCUUGACUGGAGAAAAGUCGUUCUAUGACUGUCCGAUCGGUCUCAAGAUGUUUGGAACUAGCGAUCCUGUUGCUGCAGCGACGCUGAAGGAGAAGAUGCAAAAGCUGCGCCUGCCCGUAACGGAGUUGAACCGUGCGGAGAGAGAACGCAAGCAGCGUGAAAAGGAGCGGGUUGCACGCGAGAAAGCUGCUCAGUUGAUGAAGAAAGGUGGCCGUGCCGUCCUGGACGCUGAGGGUCCCAACAAAUAUGCCAAUCUUAAUACCGCGAACGGUGACGACGAAACAUCUGUCGACCUAGAGGAGAUCUUGAGCAACACUGCAACUUUUAACCCUCGCGAUGUGCAGGAUGCAGUCAACAAGUUCGUCGCCGGCGAGGCCACCCUGAAGAGUAUGCCGAUGGCGGAGCAGCCCAGUGCACUCUCCACAAUACUGUUGCCCUAUCAAAGACAAGGCCUACAGUGGAUGUUGGAGAAGGAGUCACCAACGCCGCCUGCAACUGAUUCGAGCGAGCCCGUGCAGCUCUGGAAAAGGUCGCGCGGUAUGUACACGAAUAUCGCCACCAAUUUCUGCGUCAACAGAGCGCCUGAGCUAGCCAGCGGUGGAAUCCUAGCCGACGACAUGGGUCUCGGCAAGACAUUGCAGGUCAUCUCACUUGUCAUCGCCGACCCUAACAAGACCGACCAGCCUACAUUGAUCAUCUCACCACUAUCAGUCAUGAGCAAUUGGAAGCAGCAGGCAGAGUUUCACGUCGGAGAGAAGCAUCGACUCCAGGUUUUGAUCUAUCAUGGUCAGGAAGCCCGAGGACUCUCUCCAGAAGAAAUGCAACAGUGCGAUAUAGUCGUCACCACAUAUCAAACAUUGACAAGCGAGUUAUUCACGAGUGGCAAGGAGGAGACACAGACGACACCAAGCAAAAAAGGCCUGUUCUCCCUCGAAUGGAGGCGUAUCGUACUUGAUGAGGGCCACAACAUCCGAAAUCCUAAGACCAAGAUGGCCGUAGCGGCAUGUACUGUAACAGCAAGGUCUCGCUGGGUCCUCACAGGAACUCCCUUGAUCAACUCUCUGAAGGACCUGUACUCGCUUGUCAAGUUUCUCCGGAUGACUGGAGGGCUAGGCGAGUUUGAGAUCUUCAAUUCGACCCUGAUACGGCCUCUGAAGAGGAACGAUCCAAAUGCUCGGAUUCUGCUGCAAGCACUCAUGUCGACGGUAGUUCUCCGUCGCCUGAAGAGCAUGGAGUACGUCGAUCUCAAGCUCCCAGACAUCACGUUCCACAAGGUCCCGGUGAGGCUACUUUCGCACGAACAAGAGCAAUACGAUGCAUUCAAGAGCGAAGCCAAGGGUCUGCUUGAGGCUGCAAAGGCGAAGAAAGGUGACAGCAGCACCAUGACAAAUCUUCUUGAGGUUCUUCUGCGACUUCGGCAAACAUGUAACCACUGGAAAUUGUGCGGCGAAGCACGAAUCAGGAAGGUUCUCGAGCUUGUUGAAGAGAACAAGGCCAUUGAUGUAACCAACGUGGCCAAUCGUAAAGCGCUGCAAGACCUCCUGCAAAUCAAGAUUGACAGUCAAGAGGAAUGCCCCAUCUGUAUGGACUCGAUCAAAUCACCCGUGAUAACGGCGUGCGCUCAUGCGUUUUGCCGCGAGUGUAUCGAACGAACAGUUGAGCUGCAGCAUAAAUGCCCUAUGUGCCGCACAGAGCUGCCUUCAGCCGAGCUUCUGGUUGGUCCUGCUGCCAACUUCGGUGAAGGGGAAUUGGCGGACGAAAUGCAGAUCGACGCGGAGGAGACUAGCAGCAAGAUCGAGGCUCUGCUCAAGGUGGUCAAAGCUUCGAGCAAGGAAUCCAAGGUGGUGGUGUUUAGCCAGUGGACAAGCUUCCUGGAUCUGGUGCAGACUCAAAUGAUCAAGAACCACAUCGGCUUCUGUCGGCUUGACGGCAAAAUGAGUGCGACUAAGCGCGACGCUGCCAUUGACAAGCUCAACAACGAGGCGUCAUGCAAGGUUUUGCUGGCCUCAUUGUCCGUCUGCUCAGUGGGUCUGAACCUGGUGGCAGCAUCGACAGUCGUGCUUUGUGAUACCUGGUGGGCGCCUAGUGUCGAGGAUCAGGCGGUAGACAGAGUGCAUCGACUAGGCCAGCGGCGUAACUGCACCGUGAUUAGGCUCGUGGUUGAGCAGAGCGUCGAGGACGAAGUGCUUGAGAUCCAAGCAAAGAAGAGGAAGCUUACAAGCCUGGCAUUCGGUGAGAAGAGCCAACGCAGCCGUCAAGAGAUGCGCGCCGGGACGCUGAGGGACAUCGAGAGAUUGCUCGGCUGA